AUGACAGGACAAAGACUCUCUGGUAAGGUGGCUAUUGUGACAGGUGCUGCUGGUGGUAUUGGUUUUGAAACUGCAGUCUUGUUUGCCAAAGAAGGUGCCAAAGUAGUAUGUGCUGAUGUGAAUGAAAAGGGCGUCCAAAACACGGUUACCAAGAUCUCUGAACUCGUCGGCAGUGGUGUCGCUAUUCCAUUCAAGGCAGACGUCUCCAAAGAGGAUCAGGUCAAGGCCCUGGUAGAAAAGGCAGUGGAGGCAUAUGGCAAACUCGACAUCAUGUUCAACAAUGCAGGCAUCAUGCACCCAGAGGACGACAAUGCCCUCAAUACAGAAGAACGCAUCUGGAACCUGACCAUGGACAUUAACGUGAAGGGCGUUUGGUUUGGCUGCAAACAUGCUAUCAUCGCCAUGCGUAAGAGUGGAGGUGGAUCUAUUAUCAAUACAGCUAGUUUCGUUGCAUUGAUGGGUGCUGCCACCCCUCAAUUAGCCUAUACCGCAUCCAAGGGCGCAGUGUUGGCCAUGACUCGAGAACUUGCUAUGGUGCAUGCGCGUGAGAACAUUCGAUUCAACUCACUCUGUCCUGGUCCUAUCCGUACUCCCUUGCUGAUGGAUUUCUUAAACACAGAGGAAAAGAAGCAGCGUCGCUUGGUUCAUGUGCCUCAGGGCAGAUUUGGUGAGGCCAUUGAGCAAGCCUAUGGUGCACUCUUCUUGGCAUCCGAUGAGAGUUCCUUUGUUACAGGCACUGAUUUCCGCGUUGAUGGUGGUUUAUCCAAUGCCUAUGUUACACCUGAAGGCGAACCCACUGGCACCGUACCUACUAAUUUCGCGGAUCUCUAA